GACCUCGACCCGAAUCCAUUCCCCAGUCCCCACUCGGUCGUUCGUUCCCCAACUUAACCUAGCGCCUCCUGCAGCGGCGGCGGCGAGCAGCGGCAAGCGGAGCCGCCGGCGGCCGGCGUCCGACGAGCGUCCAGAUGAAGAAGAAGGGUGUUAGCAUUGUUGCAUUGUGGGAAAGAGCUUCAAAGGAAAAUAAAAGAACUUCCACAUCUACACCAAAUCCUCCUGAUGUUGAAGUUGAGAGCAGUAGCAUUCCUCCUGAUGUUGAGAGCAAUCUGCAACUGGCACUAGUGCAAGCACAUGAACCGGAUGAUAGUCACACAGAACCUGAGAGUGGCUCCCCAGCCCCAAUUAUAGAAGAUGAUGAAGCAAAUGAUGAAGUUCAAUUUGAAGUAGAUUUGGACGCACUUGAGUCAGAUCCCGGGAAACGGAUCCCCAUCUCUAGGUACAAUGUCAAUGACCAGGAUAAAGUUAGAAGGAGAUACAUCGAGUUGGGGGCAUGUCAACCAAAGAAACAUAAUUUGAGUACAGAGACAUAAGUGGAUUACAACGUUGCUUUUGUCCUUCUUGGUUUAAGGAUUACAAGUGGCUUGAGUAUAGUGUGAACAAAGAGGUUGCUUUCUGCUUUGUUUGCUAUUUGUUCAAGGAUAAAACAAAAAGCCCCGGUGGAGAUUCAUUUGUUAAGGGUGGGUUUAGAAACUGGAACAUGAAAGCAAGAUUGACAAGGCAUGUUGGUGAUGUAAGUAGUGCUCACGCUGAAGCUCAAGAGAAGUAUGAUAUGUUCACUACACCACAAACAUCAAUUCAGGAGUCUGUUGCUUCCAACACCUCACAAUACAAGGCUUUCUAUAAAAAAAACGUUUGACAUGGACACUCAAGUGUGUGAGAUUUCUGUUGCGCCAAGGCUUGGCAUUUAGAGGACAUGAUGAAAGUGAAGACUCACUAAAUAAAGGAAAUUUCCUUGAGCUUCUAAAUUGGCUAGCAGAAAAUUUUGAAGAGGUUGACAGGGUUGUUCUCAAGAAUGCUCCACGGAACUGCAAGAUGACUCACCAUGAUAUACAACAAGAGGUGAUAAAAUGUUGUGCACAAGAGACUACUAAACUAGUCAUUGAAGAACUUGAUGGUGGUCAUUUUGCAAUACUUGCAGAUGAGUCUAGUGAUGUGUAUCAGAAUGAACAGUUGGAUGUUUGCUUGCGUUAUGUUGAUAAGAAAGGAAGGGCAGUUGUAAGUUUCUUGGUCUUGCUCAUGUUGAAGAUACUACCUCUCAGACACUAAAAGCUGCAAUUCAGAAAGUGCUUAUGGACUACAAUUUAACCUUUGCAAUGGUUCGUGGGCAAGGAUAUGAUGGAGCUAGUAACAUGAGAGGUAAUGCUAAUGGCCUGAAAAAACUGAUUAUAGAUGAGUCCCCUUUUGCCUACUAUGUUCAUUGUUUUGUCCAUCAACUACAGUUAACUCUUGUUGCUGUUGCUAAGGAGAGUGGUGAUUGUACUUGGUUCUUUCAACAGCUUGCACACUUGUUAAAUGCUCUUGGCAUGUCUUGUAAAAAGAUGAGAAUGCUUCGGAUAGCUCAGGCUGAAGAACUCAUUAAUGCAUUGGAAUUGGAAGAAGUAGAAACAGGGAGUGGGCUGAAUCAGGAAAUGGGUUUGGGAAGGCCAUGUGAUACACGUUGGGGCUCUCACUUCAAAACUGUGAACCAUGUCAUCUCUAUGUAUGGUGCACUACGACGAGUCCUUCGCAAGAUUGGAGACGAGUACCAUGGUGCGGAGGCACAAGCGGCUCUAUCCAUAGAGACAAUAUUUCGAUCAUUUGAGUUUGUUUUCAUGGCACACUUGAUGCAAGAAAUAUUUGGAUACACAGAUGAGUUGUGUAGAGCUUUGCAAAAGCAAGACGAAGAUAUUGUUCAUGCUAUUGAGCUUGUUGGUGACACAAAGUAUUACUUGGAGGCUUUGAGGACCGAUGCUGGAUGGGAUGAUUUUCUCACAAAGGUCACAUCUUUUUGUACAAAGCAUAAGAUCAAAGUUGUUGAUAUGGAGGGUCCUUACUUUCCCGUUGGCCGGCCUAGAAGGGGUUUAUGUAAUGGUGUGAUCAAUUACCACCGCUUCAAGGUUGAUAUGUUUGUGGGUGUCAUUGAUAGGCAAAUCAGUGAGCUGAAUGGCAGAUUUGAUGAGGUAAACACGGAGCUACUUUCUUGCAUGGCAGCAUUCUGUCCACUUCAUCUAUUUGCUGCUUAUGACCAAGAUAAGUUGGUUAGGCUUGCUACAAAGUUUUAUGCUUCUGAUUUUACAAGUGAUGAACUGGCAAGACUUCCAUGGCAACUAAACAUGUAUGUUAUUAAUGUGCGUAGAGAUGAAAGGUUUCAAAACCUGAAAAAUCUGUGUUAGCUUUCAGUUAUGCUUGUUGAGACAAACAAGCAUGAACAAUAUCAUAUUGUUUACAAGCUUCUUAAGUUGGUAUUGAUUCUGCCAGUAGCUACUGCUAGUGUUGAAAGGGUGUUCUCUUCAAUGAGCCAUGUGAAGAAUAAGCUAAGGAACAAAAUGGGUGAUGAAUAUUUGAACAAUUGUUUGGUUACAUUUGUUGAUAGAGAAUUUUUCAAUCAAGUGAAGGAUGAAGAUGUCAUCAAUCUCUUCCAAAAAAGCAACCGCAAAGUUAUAUUGUAAGAAGGAUAUCAUCACUUUAUCAAUCAAAAGGAUUGCAGGGAAGGUCACAUACAUAGCACAAGCCUACAUCUGCAACAUUGUAAAAGUGGCAUGUAGUAGUCCGCAAGGCUCUGCAGGAGAGAGACACAUACUCUAGUUGAUCGAAGAAUUCAGUAUGCUUCAUAUAUCUGAUUGGGUCCAAUAUCCACUUAGCGAUGUGUUGUAGGAUUGGGAGGCAACAGGGAGUUAUAAGCAUGUCACACAGAAGAGUCCAACACUGUAGACUAGACCGGGCGACCGAGGGCCAGUGGAACUCCUCCAACUAGAGGAUAGUGGACGAGGGACGCUGGUGGCGUGGAGUCCAUAUACCAUCUUCAUGUAGUAGAUAAAAUUCUGGAUAUAGAAAAUCACAUAAACCCAUGGAAAUAAAGGUGUGGAAUCUCAGAGGUGUUAAACAUCAUCAUGUCACUCGUCAUGUCACAUGACUUGUGUCACGUAGCUUCGGCAGGAGGUAAUUAGGAGAUAGUUUAUAUUGUCUCUAAAACCACAUGUACUUAUCUCUAUCUCUUAUCUCUUCCUUGCUCCUCAAGAUGUAAUCUCUCCAAACUACUUGUAUGCAU